GGCGCCCCCUCCGUCCGUGCCUGGUGGUGAUGGCUGCCGCGGCGUCCCUGUCCCCGGAGGAGCUGCUGCCCAAGGGCGGCUCGAGCAGGGCCGAAGAGCUGGAGGACGAGCUGGAGGAGGAGGACGACGACGAGGAGCUGGACGAGACGCUGGCGGAGCGGCUGUGGGGGCUCACGGAGAUGUUCCCCGAGUGCGUCCGCUCGGCGGCAGGAGCCACGUUCGACCUGUCGCUGUCGGUAGCGCAGAAGAUGUACAGAUUCUCCAGGGCAGCUCUGUGGAUUGGGACCACUUCCUUCAUGAUUCUGGUUCUUCCUGUUGUGUUUGAAACUGAAAAGCUGCAGAUGGAGCAGCAGCAGCAGCUGCAGCAGCGACAGAUCCUCCUGGGACCCAACACGGGGCUCUCAGGGGGGAUGCCGGGGGCCCUGCCACCAUUGUCUGGGAAGAUCUAAUUUGUGGAAGCUGCGUUGGAUUUGUAUCAUGUGGGAAGACCUUGAGAUUAUGAUCUAUUGAACUGUUGAGUUGUUGGGUCAGGGCAUUUUUUUGCUUUUCCCCUUUGUUUUUAUUUUUGGUUCUCCUUUGGGACACUGACCUGUUCACAAAGAGGGGGGAAGCCUGUCCCCCUCUGGACCGGCUGACAGCUCCUGGCUGCAUCCUCCCCCUGUACAGAAGUCGUUUUUCCUUUUAUUCAAUCAAUGCACCAUAACCAGUCAGACUUGAACUGGGGGAAUUCAGUUCCUCUUCCAGGCCCCUCGUACUCCCAUAAAACCACCCCAGGGCUCAGGCUGGGCUUCAGAAGUCAAGCAAAAUGAGUCCUGAAUCCUUUGCUGGCUGACGUGGAGUUGAAGGACACUGGUGAGAGAAGGAGGAAGAGAAAUAACUUCCACAGCAGGCAAAGCAAAAGGAA